AACACAAGACGGAAUGCUUAAAUUGUGGCAUGGAGACUCUCUGAAGUUGUUACGAACACAAAAGAAUGAAGUUGAAAUAUGGCAGCGUGGAUCACUGACAUUGUCGCCAUGGCUCAACAACCUCUGGCGGUGUUUGCAAUGGAUAGAAGUGUGACGUUUUAUGACACGGGAAGACUUUCGUUUGAUGUCCUGGGAAGGAUUGAGAACUUGAGAAAUGGAGCAUUAUGUGCUACCUGGGUGAGGACUCCAGAGAAUGAUAAGCUGCUAUAUGGAGAUGACCGUGGCUACCUUCAUGUGUAUGAUUUCUCUGACGAGUGGGGAGGGGAGAUUCCACGCAUUGCAGCUGGGGUGACGGAGGAGCUUUUGCCGGGCAUGUCUGAAAAGCUACCUUGGAAAAUACACAAUAACUGGGUUACAAGGAUUAAGUAUCUAUCUCAUUCGUCCUCGUUACUGAGCUGCUCCAUGGAUAGCACACUUCUCAUGCUUGAUCUAGAAAAACAGAAAAGGAAGUGGUCUGGCAAAGAACACCACCACGGGAUAUUUGCACUAGAUUAUUGCAGGAGUUUUAAUUUCAUUGUCACUUGCGGGUUGGAAAGAAACGUUAACAUAUGGAAUCCUUUUACAGCAAAGAUAAUGGGGCAGUUGAUCGGGCAUCAGUCGCCUGUUGUGGACGUCGUUGUAAACGAAGACGAUAACCAAAUCGUAAGUGUAGCAACCGACAGCAUCAUAAAAAUUUGGGAUAUGAGGAGCAAUCGGUGUAUGCAAACUGUUGUUGACAAGACACUCGAUAAAUCUGGCGAACCUCCAAUAAUUUCCAGACUUCUUUAUGACAAACGAAGAAGCGUUCUUUUAGGUGGAGGUACCUCACUGCAAGCAUGGCGCAAGCGGCUUGCCAGUGAAACGCGUUCAGGGAAGAUAUGUGGUUCGGGUUUCAGUAGUACAUUUCGCCAGCUCAUUGUGGCUGAAAUUGAGUCGCUUGUCACUAUUUGGAACAUUGACGAUGGACACCAUACUUUCUCAUUCUCAGACGGCAAGUCGACAAAAAUGUCAGCGAUGACUGUUGAUGCUUCCGGCCGAAGACUUUUGAUUGGGGGACAGGACGGAACUCUGAGAAUGUGGAACUUCAACAAUGGCCAGUGUCUAAAGGAGUACUGCGGGUUUGGUCAGGAUGAAAUCACCUGUGUUGUGUGCCUGGCGGAAGGAAGGAGCAAGUAUGUUGCUGCCGGUGGAUGGAAUGGAAGGGUUUGCAUAUGGCACGACGGUCUGAAAGAGUCAGAGCCCUUGGAACGAGAGAUGCACGGUCAUACCGAUGACAUUGUUUGCAUGAGCAUUUGUCCACCGGGUGGUGUUGCAACUGGUGGUUAUGAUGGAAAGGUGAUUGUUUGGAAGCUUGAUGGGAUGAUAAAAUGCGUGCUGAAUCCACCACCGAACGAGUCUUUUGCGAAAUCAAGAUCAAUCGUCAACAUACAGUUUCUUGGUCAGCUGGAAAAAGUCUUGGCUGUAUUCGUUUCAGAUGGAUACAUCUAUUUCUGGCGUGUUCCUGAUGCAAGCGUGCUUCAUGAGAUUCCGACAUGCCAUAUCGGUGCACCAGGUCCAAUGUGCUCGGAUUCCAAAAACGAACUUUUGUUCUCCUCGGAUAUAAAGGGCUACGUGAAAUCGUGGUCAUUGGCCGCAUGCGACUUCCAUCAAGCCGAGCGCCCUUUGACGCCUGUUCCGGAGAUGUUUUGCUUUCGAGCUCAUCAUGAAACGAUCGUCUCGAUGACAUUUAUCGAAACGGAUAGGAUACUUGUUACCGCCUCAACAUUUGGCACAAGCCGUCUGUGGACCGAGAAAGGAGUCCGGAUUGGACAAUUUGGACAGUACGGUGGAUGGGAUUUAUCAAGCCCUGAGCAGUGGAUUGGUAGAAAAGCGUAUUAUGUUUCACAAGACUCGGACAGCUCUGCGAGCUCAAGGCUAAGCUCAAGCGCGGGAAGUCGGUCGAGUUCAAGCAGGGAAAGUAGGGGCAGCUCUCUGUUGACAACAUCUGGUGAAACUGAAUCCAAAGAAACAACUCCCACAGAUUUUCCCGAAGCCAAAGAACCUUCAUCAAGCGCAAUUCAAGCCAAAGCAGCGGCGAUUCUAGAUGCUGGACCACCACAUCUGAGGCUUGAUUCAUGGUUCGCACCACUUCAAGCGGCUUUCCAUCGUCAACUUCCAAUAAAGAAAAUUGUCCCCUGGGGACCAUUGUUGCCGCCAAAUCUUCAGCACGUCAAGCAAAAAUCUCUGGAAGAAAUGACGACUACGGAAAAAAGCACGAGCACAGGAAAACCGAGAAAAUCAAAAUACCAUUCGGAUCCUCUACGCUUGUCGCUACCAAACAUUCAUUUCAACAUGCCCAAGGACAAGCUCAUGAGCAUAAUGCGGCGAAGCACUCGAACGACGCCUCGCAGCUCAGAGACGACGAGAAGCAUCAUGAAGAUGUCCAUGAAAAAAUACCACGCCUGACCUUCCGGGCAUUUUCCUUUACUCUUCUGUGCUUUUGAGCGAAACAAACCAGGUGAAGAAGCUUAUUAUCAUUGAACUAACAAAAGAUAAUUGUCACAGGAACUUAUUUUAAGCUGGAAAAAUACUUCGAUGUUCCGCAAAAAUUUUGAAUUUACAUAAGC